GUGCUGUGAUUGGUGGCUGUGUGUGCGAGCCAACAUUUGGACAGAGAACUUGCUCCUGUUUGUGUUAGUUUCCAGCAGAGAGUGAAGUCAGCGCUGAGCCCCACACCGAGAUGAAGAGCCUCCUCAUCCUCUCCUGGCUGCUGUGUGUCCGAGCAGAAGGUCAGCACAUGCAUAAAGACAUUGCUAUCGCUGGCUGUUCAGACUCUGAUGCAGAGGACAUGUAUGGCCUGGACGGUGAGGAGCGAUGGUACGCCGACUUCAAGAACCACAGAGGAGUCAUUGCUCUGCCCAAGUUUGCAGAUCCUAUCGGCUAUCCAGGACAUUAUGAACAGGCUGUGGCCCAGCAGGAGAUCUGCAAACAAAGCCUGGCAGCAGAUCGUCGUGGCUUCAAGAACCCACCACUUGAACUCGACGUUCCUCACAGCACCAUCUACACCAAAGACGACGUGCAGCUCGACGUGGAGAACCACCUCAUCUGCCACGUGAGCGGGUUCUUUCCCGCUCCUGUCUCCGUCUACUGGACCAGGAACGAGCAGAACGUGACCGAGGGAACCAGCAUCAACACCCCGAACCCCAGCAAAGACGGAACCUUCACCCAGAUCUCCACCCUGAAGUUCACCCCCCAGCAGGGAGACAUCUACAGCUGCACGGUGCAGCACCCAGCUCUGGAGCAGCCGCUGACCCGAGUCUGGGAUGUGGAGCAGGACCAGCCGGGGAUCGGACCUGCGGUGUUUUGUGGACUGGGUCUGACCGUGGGUCUGCUGGGCGUGGCCACAGGAACCUUCUUCCUCAUCAAAGGAAACGAAUGCAGCUGAUUGGCUGUGGCUGCCUUUAAUCUGCUUCUGUCUGCUGCUGAUCAACAUGGAGCACAGCACUAACGUGCUAGCUGUCACAUAGCAUGAUUUAAAUAAAGUUUGUGUGUUUGGGUUCUCUCUGCUACAUGUUGGUGCACAGCCAAUACUGAUCACUGCAUCUGAAUGGUGGUGGAAUCAAUAUUAUAUUUAACAUUAAACAAUUAAAGAAUCAACAACAACAAA